AUGAACUCGUUGAAUAUCCUGUCUUCCCGUGUCAUUGGCCAGUCAUCCAAUUCGAAUCGUCUCCGACAGAGGUCGCGCUCGCAAGGAGAAAUUAACCCCGUGGUCCCACCGGAGGAUCGAUCCAAGCUUCGGUCUUAUAGUCACGACAAUCUUCAUUCGCCUGACGUAUUGGAGAAAAGCCAUAACUACACUCCCGGAAUAUCUUCAGCGGACAUAGACUACUCCGAACAUACCUUGACUGAGAAAACGCCUUUGAUACAAAGCAUUCAGAGGGAUGGGCCGCUUGCUACGAGGAGUACCCUGGGACUGAUUGCAGAGCGAUUCUUUGACGCCAUUGCGGAAACAAUCAAGUUUAUCUUGUCAACUCUGGCUGCCCCGGGCGUGUUUAUAGCGCAGUGCUUCCGAGACGAUGAUGGACAUUACUCCCCAACGGCCCCGGUACGAAAGCUGCGGCGGUCAAUGGCCGGCGUUUCCGCUUCCCGUAGGCCAGGCCCACCGAAGAAGGAUGCCAAACCGACCGGUGCAAGACGACGUAGUGGAUCCACGAAGAAGCUGAGAAGUCACGCAUCGCGAGACUCGAUCGCAUCGAGCACGUCCGAGUCGGAAGGAGAUCGUCGGAGCACCCAGGGCCUCACGGGUACUCGGGCUCGAGCCUCGAAGUCGCAAACCACAGCCUUGGACCCGACUGGAGAAGAGAGUACCCCUCGCCGCUCCAUCCGCAUCAAGUUACAUAAUGAAGGUUCGCUGAAGCGAGAGAGGCAGCGCCGGACGCAAAGCGCAGAUCUAGGUGCUACGUCGGAAACUGUUGCGGCCAGAGGACAAGGUGCUGUGAGUCCAGACACUCUCAAAUCACCCACAUCGCCUUCCGUUCAUAGAGUCACCAAAUAUCCUCAUUCUCCUGUACCUCCUCGGCCGCUGAUUCCAGCUCGUCUGCCUUCGUACACUGCCGCUCCUCGAAACUCACGCGCUCCUCAGAAGACCCUGGUACUGGACCUAGAUGAGACUCUUAUUCAUUCCCUGGCCAAAGGCGGUCGCAUGUCCAGCGGCCACAUGGUUGAAGUCAAGCUUGCUACUCCCAUGACUACUGCUCUAACCCCAGGUGGACCACCGACUACAUUAGGGCCGCAACAUCCCAUCCUCUACUACGUUCAUAAACGGCCCAAUUGCGACGACUUUUUACGAAAGGUAUGCAAAUGGUAUAAGCUGGUUAUUUUCACCGCCAGCGUUCAGGAAUAUGCGGACCCUGUCAUCGACUGGCUCGAGCAGGAACGCAAGUACUUCCAGGCACGAUAUUACCGCCAGCAUUGCACGUUCCGCAAUGGCGCAUAUAUCAAGGACCUCAGCUCUGUGGAGCCUGACCUGAGCAAAGUGAUGAUUCUGGACAAUAGCCCUAUGAGCUACCUUUUUCACGAAGACAAUGCUAUACCAAUUGAGGGCUGGAUCAAUGAUCCUACAGACAACGGUUUGCUGAAUCUCAUCCCCAUGCUUGAAGCUUUGCAGUAUGUGACCGAUGUGCGGGCAUUUCUGGCACUGCGGAGAGGGGAAGGAGAAAUAUAA